UAUUUGCCGAUCUAAUCUAAUCUUGAAAAUAAAUCUGGAAACAUACAUGUUUCAUAUUAUAACAAGAUGAUUAUGUCUCAAUUAAAAUUAAUUUUAAUGUAUAGAUCAUACAUUAGGUAUUAUAAUUCUAGAAAUUUUUUAUUUAUGCUUUAAUCUUGUCGAGAACAAUGUGCAGAAAAUUGUUAGAAUCUAAUGUAGGGAAUAUGAAUUGCUUUAAGUCAUCUCGACACGAGAACCGAAGACGUAUUGCAUGCAUAGACAUUUCUUCGCGAAAUCGGCGGAACUGUUGACGAUUCGUACACGCUCGCUAUCCGGCGCGGUUUCCCUACCACCGACUCUCGAUGGGCACUCGGUGGGUACCUGGUGGGCACCUGGUGGUCUCUCCUAGUGGCGGCAUUACAUCGCACUAUCUCUUCGCUCGCUAUUCGACAGAUCGUGGACCGCGCGCGUACACCCAAACGUCACGUCGGCUCUUGUCUUCAUUCUCGAUUACCCGUCUUCUUCUCCGUCUUCUUUUUUGUCCUUCUCUCUCUCUCUCUCUCUCUCUCUCUCUCUUUCUCUCUCUCUUUAUAAUUGUUCUUCACUCCCUUGGUCAGAUAAUCCGCUUAUAAUAUAUCUCUUUUUCUCUCUUCUUCUCUUCUUUUCUCUCUCUUCUUUAUGUAUAUAUAUAUAUUGACGAGUCGCGAAUUAAAAAGGGGACUUGCAGCCGCCCGUCAGGAUUUAUUCGCGAAGACUCGACGAGUGAUCUUCGCGUCAAGUGCAAUCGCGACUUUUACUGUGAUUGAUACUGGCUACACUACAGGAACGCUUUGUUUUCGCUAAUAAGAAGGAAAAAAAAUAAGAGCCACGUAUUCUGUGACCGUUUACGAAAAGUGAACUUAAUUAUUAUGAUUACUGCGAAUUAUCGGUUGUUUUUCAAUCAACUUUAAAAAAACUGGCAAAUGCUUUGAUCAAUCGAUCUUGGACUUUUCGGCACCCUCCGACUUGGCAAGAUCGUUGUGUCAAGAAAAAACAAGCAGGAAUCAUGAAAUUCUGCGUCGAUUUUGAUAUUUGGCAGAUUUCAGUUAGCCGUAAUUGAAUGCUAAUAUUUUUUUUUUUUCUUUUUGGAACGAUCUAGGUCUUACACGGAGGUCAAGACGCACAAGUUAAAUCUGAUAGAGAAAUCUGUUCGGUAUUUCUUUCGCCGUUUCUUCCCACUCUCUUUCUUGGACAGCUUGUGAGUUACAUAAAGAAGAAUUUUACUGGUCAGUUAAUGAACCCGGUUGUGCGUGCACUCGAAGAACAUCCAACAACGACGACGACGUCGAGGACGAAAACGGCGAGGACGACGAUUGGGCUGGUAUUACGCAAAAGCCAAGAAUGAAGGACCGACGACGAGACUGCGGCAAGUGAAAGUGAAGCUGGGGGAACGUGUGUCUUACCUGGACCAGGUGUGAAAGUGCAGUGCGUAACGAACGCAAGGAACACGUGGCGUGGUACCUGUCGAAACCGUGCUAUCGACACGACCGCGACGAGGGACCGACGAGAGGACGAGGCAGUAGUGAUGAUGAUGAUAACAACGGCGAUAAUGAUGAUGCAGAUGCGUGCUCACCGCGAGAACAAUGCACAGUGUAGUGACGGUAGAUGAUGAUUAUAAUGAUGAUGAUAACGAUGCUGAUGAUGACCUCCUGUACACGCAACACUCGUUUUGGGUCAACGUGCUUACGAUCAAUUAGAGCAUAUAGUAAUUAAUUACUUGUUUCUGAUAGAUUAUUCAAUCUAUUUUUAUUACACUUUCAUUCGACUGACGAUCGAGACGGUUUCAUUUAACGGUUGGAAAUUGAUCGUUUCAAGACUAUAUAGGAUAUUCCAGUUUGAAUAAAAGUGCGAUUGAAACAAGGAGUUUCUUCAGAGCAGACAUUAUUUGAAAGAGGAAGAACAACGUUCGACUAAAAUAAUGUUAUUAAUUCAAAUCAAUCAUUAGUCCUAUUAACGUUACAUUGAGUGAAAUCGAUAUUUUUUAAUCGAUCAGUGACUCCAAAGGAAGAUUAUUUUCUUCGACAACGUAAAUAAAUCAAGAAGAGGAAAGAUGAAGUUUAUUGCAUCUUUGUUCGGGACGAGGUCCCCAAAGGCGAUGGGCAGGCAGUACAUGAAAGUCGGCAGAAACGCCCUUUUUGGUGUGAGAAAUGACAACAGUGAUAACAUUUGUACCGAAAAAGUGCCGAGGCCGUUGUCCUUGCUAAUCUCCAGGAAGGGAAAGCUCAGACAUGGCAGGAUAGCAGCGAUCUGUCUGGGUCUUCUUGCACUUGUGAUCGGCAUAGUGCUCAGUAGCAUACCGUGGGUCGAUUACCUCAUCUUGAAACAACUACGACUAUGGAACGGCUCGCUCUCCUUUCAAUAUUGGCAGAAACCGGGCGUAAUUCGAUUGACCAAAGUCUAUAUAUUUAACGUAACCAAUACGGAAGGUUUCCUACAGUUUAACGAGAAGCCAAAACUCCAGGAAGUUGGUCCGUUUGUUUAUCGGGAAGAUAUGGAAAAAGUUAACGUUGUGUUUCACAACAACGGAACCGUUAGUUAUCAACAUAAGAAAAUAUUAAAUUUUGUACCUGAAAUGUCUGAAGAUGGAGAUAUCAAACUGAUAGUGCCGAAUAUACCUUUGCUGACACUCUCGACGCAAAGCAAAAGUCUCCCUCAUUUUAUUACAAUGGGACUGUCGUUUUUCUUAAGCGGAAUGCACAUGAAACCUUUCAUUCCUAUAACUGCGCAGGAAUUGGUCUUCGGAUACGAUGAUCCACUAGUUAGCCUUGGUCAUAAAUUUCUUCCCAAAACAAGACGACCUAUGAGCAGAAUGGGUCUUCUGCUUGGAAGAAAUGGAACAUUGAGCGAGAUACAUACAAUAUUCACUGGGCACACGAAUAUGAAAAAGUUCGGUUUGUUAAAUCGAUUAAACGGGCUCGAUCAUUUGCCAUACUGGCCAAACGCCCCGUGCAAUUCCAUUACGGCUUCGGAAGGAUCUUUCUUUCCACCGCGGGACGUGACCGGUGCGGACAUCGUUCACGUUUGGGAUAAGGAUCUUUGCAGGACAAUUCCGUUGCAGUAUCGCGGCCCGGCAGAGACGACGGGAAUUAAGGUGGAUUUAUAUACUCCGCCCGAUGUACUUUUCGGUCGACCGAAUAAGACAGCGCCUACAGAAAAUAAAUGUUUUUGCUUAGAUGGUAUUGACACUUGUCCUCCGCAGGGUUUGCAAGAUAUUAGCCCAUGUCAAUAUAGUGCACCAGUAUACCUCUCGUUCCCGCAUUUUUAUAAAGCGGAUCUUAAAUUGUUAGACACCGUGGAGGGAUUGAAGCCGGAUGAAAAGUCGCAUGGAACAUAUUUCAAGAUUCAGCCAAAGUUAGGUGUGCCGCUCGAAGCAAAGGUUCGCGCCCAGUUGAACCUGAAGGUAGAACGACAGCCCAACAUCGCGGUAGUCGCGAAUUUUCCCGACAUAAUCUUUCCGAUCAUGUGGCUCGAGGAAGGCGUAGAAGAACUUACACCGUCCAUUAGACGAUAUAUUUAUCUGGCGACCACGUUCGCCGACAUUGCAGUGCCCUGCGUGACAUAUGGCAUGAUUCUAGUCGGAUUGACGAUCAUCAUUACGGUAUUUGUGAAGGUGUACAAUAGCCCAGUAUUGGCACACGAGGCGAUCGAGCUGGGCAAGAGGACCAUCAGGAGAGGUUCGUCUUUCCUGAUAAAUGGCCAACAUCGACUCCUGGCCGGUCGAGAUUCCUACAUCCUGCUAAGCAACAACGAUAUUGACGAGAAGCUGGACACUAUUGAAAUAUGAAGGACACUGCUCUGCGUGUGCGAAUUCUUGUAUGUUAGCUGAUAAUAAAUGCAUCACACCUUUUUAGGAUGAGAGAUAAUUAAUGACGCUUAGUCUGGAGACAAUUUCUUGUGAAAUUAACCAUUCUCGGUAUUAAUAGAAAAUUUAUUGACGAAUAAAAAGAGGUGAAUUCUUUGAUUGCAAGAAGAUCGGAAUCUGAUGAUUAUCAAGUUCGAGAAUGUAGAUUUAUAAAUGAGAAUCAAAAAUUUUUGGAAUAAGGUGAUUAAAAUUUGUUUAUAGAAAGAUUUGUUUAAAAUGCAUGGGAAUCACUUAAUUCCAAAAUUUUAAGUAAUUUGGAUAUAUAUAUAUAUAAUUAGUUUAAUUUUAAAUUAAUAUGUAAUUUAAGAUAUAUUAUAUAAUGGGAUAUAGAGAUUUGCACGAAGGAUCAAAGGACUUACGCAAAGAACUUUUUAUCAAGACUUUUUAAUUAUUAAAGAAAUAUGUAUUAAGAACUCUUACACAAUUUUUCUUUGGGCAACUUACUGAAAUAUUACAAACGUUUUAUUUACAUAAUAUUUAAAAUUUAUUUGGUUUUACAAUUUCAUCAAAUAAAAGCAAAAACUAUAUUAAUCUUUAUAGGAAUGUUUUAAAAAAAUUUUUAGAGCCAAAUGUAAUUUAAACUGGAUCCGAUUGUUUAAAACAUUCCGAGUAUUAAAAAUUUUAAUAAUUUCAGAAAAAGUUACACAAUAAUUGAUACACGCUUAUACGCUAAAAUGUUCAUCUUAUACGUGAUCACUAAGUUAUCUCGUUUAAAAAUUAAAAAUUAAAGCUAGGCGUCAUUAAUUGGUAAUAAAUUAUUAUUAAAUAUAUUGGACAAGCAUCUGCGUAGUAUGAUGCGGCAUGAUUUAAUAUAAAUGCGUUUAGUUUGACUGCGUACAUCAAAGUUUCACUUUUGACGACCAAGAAGAUUAAUUAAUUAAUUACGAAAUAUGUACAGCCAAAAUUGGUUUGUAUUCCGUGUGUAGAAGGUCUUCUUUAUUUCACGGAUUUAUUCAACUGAAAUCCGCGAAAAGUUUUGUUGUUUAAUGGAAUUCAAAUUCGCCAAAGAAUGUAUAUAUAUAUAUAUAUAUAUAUAUAUACACAUAUAUAUAUCCAUGAUCUUUCACAAAAUGUGAAAGUAACAUACAACCAUUAUAUAUGUAUAAUACUUUAUAGCUAUAAUGAAGUGUAAUACAGUAGUAUUCUCUAUUAUUAAUUAUGGAAGAAAAGACAAAAGUUUUGGGAUUUAAUGGGCGCUUACAAAUGUACUAUAAUAUAGGGAGUUACCUGAUAAUUUUUUAGUAUCGCGAAAGAGAUACCAAGAUCAUGUUAAAUAUGUUAUUGUGUCUGUGAUUCCGUCCUUAUUUAUAUAUAUAAUACGCAAUAUGCACUUGAAUAGAGAGCAACGAGGGGAGAAGUUUCAUUGGAAAUUAAUGGACAAAAUUUUCACUCGUAGCGAGCGGGAUAGGAUUACGCGUAAGGCGACGCUUCUUCUCAACUUGUCGCACUCGUACUCGGCCAUAAAAUCUAGUGCAAUAUUAGUAAUUGUAUGUUAUAUGUUAAGUAUCGCCGCCAAUGUAUGAUGAAACAACGUCGAUUAGAAGUAAGGUCAGUUGCACCGACAACUUUAGCGCUACAUGUAUCUGUGUAAAGCUAAUUUUGGUUAAACGACCGGGAUAACGCAGCCUUAGUUAUAGAACAAUAUUGAAAGGACAAAUUUAGUUAAAUAUAGUUAACGUUAGUCGAGGCCGGUGCGUUAUAAGUUAAAUGCUGUUUGAGGAUUAAUCAAAUGAGUAUCAUUAAUCAAAUGAUACGUUAAGGUGACGCAAUGUGACUAUGUAUCACAUUUUAAUACCUGUAAUCUAUUACGAGAAAACAUUGUAAGAUAGGUUUGUCAUUGCCCGAAUGGAAUUUUGUAAUUGGACUUUAAUAAAAUAUGAUUAUCUAGA